AUCAGCCUGCAGCCCAGGGCGGCCACCGCUGCAGUCUCCACCCCGGAUACCCGACUCCUUCUCGCAUCAUAUAAAGCUAGCAAGAUAAAUAGGCUGUCCUCGGGCUGCUCGUUUUGACUUGUUAAUGGUUCGGAUCUGCGAGAGAAGGAUGAAGUUCCUUGUAGCCGUUACAGUCAUUGUGGGAUCAGUGAUUUUCCUCCUCUUCCCAAGCGGUUCAGAUGCUGACGAAAAGAAGAAAGGCCCUAAAGUAACGGCGAAGGUGUUUUUUGACAUCAGAAUUGGAGAUGAAGAUGUAGGAACAAUUGUCAUUGGAUUGUUUGGGAAAACUGUUCCCAAAACAGCCGAGAACUUCAUUGCACUGGCAACUGGGGAGAAAGGGUUUGGCUACAAGGGAAGCAAAUUCCACAGAGUUAUCAAGGACUUCAUGAUCCAGGGUGGGGACUUCACCAGAGGGGACGGCACUGGGGGCAAAAGCAUCUAUGGAGACCGGUUUCCUGAUGAGAACUUCAAGCUGAAGCACUAUGGCCCUGGCUGGCUCAGCAUGGCCAAUGCUGGCAAAGACACUAACGGCUCUCAGUUCUUCAUCACCACUGUUCAGACUGCAUGGCUGGACGGCAAACAUGUUGUGUUUGGAAAGAUCCUGGAGGGCAUGGAUGUGGUGAGGAAGAUCGAGGGCACUAAGACAGAUAGCCGGGAUAAACCUCUUAAAGAUGUCACCAUCCACAACUGCGGGAAAAUUGAGGUAGAGAAGCCCUUCGCCGUCGCCAAGGAGUAGAGCACUGCUGGAGGGGACAGGGAAACAGGACUUGGGGAGGGGUUGGGGAAUCAUGCAGGUAACCUUGUUAUCACUUGCAGCCCUGUGGUCUUGGAGGAAGAGCUGUGGGUCAUCAGUGGCAGUGGCUGCCCUCUUAAAACACCAGAACAGCGUCCCAUUGAGCAAAUCAUAACGACACACUCUGGGUCCAUUUACCAACAAGCAUUCCAAGUUGCACUCAACUGUUCUUAGCGUGUUUUGUAAAAAAAUGAAACAAAAGGAAUCUUGAAUAAAGGUUUCAAGUUUUG